CCCUACCCGCUCCCUGCUAGCUUGUCCCCUGCGAUGGCGGACGACGACGCCAACCCGAUGGCGGCGGACGAGGAAGCCAAUGGUGUAGGAGAGGACUCCGAAGAAGGGGAGGUAUAUUCGUCCGCUUCAUCUUCCGACUACGACUCCGAAGACUCCUCUUCCGACGAGGACGGCGGCGGCAGCGGCGGCGGCGAAGGAGGAAGAGGCGGAGGAAGAUACGACUCCAAGCAAGAUGAGCCGGAGGAAGACAGCCCUGAGGAGGCAAACUUCCGAGCGUUCUCUGAGAUCUUGGAUAGCCGCAGCUAUCGCAAGAAGGAAGAGGAGGAGGUGCGGGGUAUUGUGCCCCUGGAGGACCACUAUGAUUUUCCCGUCGAUAAGGAGAAUUGGUGCGAGGAGGACCUCCGGGAGUUGUGGGAUGACGCUCCUCUCAAGAUGACCAAGCCCGGUUGGGACCCUGAUUUCGCCGACGACGACGACUGGGACGCCGUCAUUGAUGAGGUCAAGGACGGAGGCGACCCGGCAAUCGCUCCUUUCUACCUUCCUUACCGGAAGCACUACCCCGUCAUCCCCGAUAAUCACUACGACAUUUCCAACGCUAAGGCUGUCAUCGAGGAGCUCGAUCGUACCGAAGAAUUCCUGAUUUGGGUCAGUUUUAUCUUCGAGGAUGGAAGCUCAUACGAAGGAACUGUUUGGGAUGACCUGGCUCAUGGAAAAGGUGUCUACGUUGCUGAGGACGGGCUUGUCAGGUAUGAAGGUGAAUGGCUUCAAAACCAGAUGGAAGGUCAUGGAGUUGUUGAAGUAGAUAUCCCUGUAGCAGAGCCUAUACCAGGAUCAAAGCUUGAAGCUAAAAUGCGGGCUGAAGGUAAAAUCAUAUCACGUGAUUUCAUGUCUCCAGAAGAUAGAAAAUGGCUGGAAAUGGAUAUAGAGGAUAGCUUAUACCUAGCUGAUGGUCAAAGAGAAAUUCCAUUCUAUGAGAGGAAUGAAUGGAUACAGAUCUUUGGAGAAAAACCAGAACAAGGUCGAUAUAGAUAUGCUGGUCAGUGGAAACAUGGAAGAAUGCAUGGUUGUGGCGUCUAUGAAGUUAAUGAGAGGAUACUUUCUGGAAGGUUCUAUUUUGGGCGUUUUGUAGGGGAUUCAACUGGUUGUGACGGUGAUGUGUCAACGUUACAUGCUGGCAUUGCUGAAGUAGCUGCUGCAAAAGCACGGAUGUUUGCCAACAAACCUGAUGGAAUGGUAAGGGAAGAGAGGGGUCCUUAUAGUGACCCUCAGCAUCCAUAUUUUUAUGAAGAAGAUGAUGUGUGGAUGGCUCCCGGAUUCAUCAACCAAUUUUAUGAUGUUCCAAAUUACUGGAAGACAUAUGUUGAAGAAGUAGAUCAGGAAAGAGGGAUGUGGUUGAACUCUUUCUAUAAAGCACCUCUAAGGCUUCCUAUGCCUGCUGAGCUUGAAUAUUGGUGGGAGAAAGGUGAGGUUACUCCAGAAUUUGUUCUAAUCAACCAGGAACCUGAGCCUGACCCUGAUGACCCGUCACAACUAGUCUACACUGACGAUCCUCUCAUCCUUCACACUCCAACUGGAAGGCUAAUUAAUUAUGUGGAUGAUGAGAAAUAUGGUGUUCGCCUGUUCUGGCAGCCACCUUUGAAAGAAGGGGAGGAUGUGGAUCCAGAUAAAGCUCAUUUUUUGCCUCUUGGCUUUGAUGAUUUCUAUGGAAGGUCUGGACCAGUAGAAAAGAAAGAAGGACCAGUGAGGGGAUUGAUAACUUCCAUUCAAAAUACUUUGAAACCGCUUCUCGAUGGACUUGGGCAUUGGGCCAAGGAGAAACUGGAAGCUAGUGAGAUGAAGCUUAAGCUUAUUGAGAAGCAACUUGAGUUUGUUGAGGCCGAAAUAACCCUUGAAGAAGAAAUAGAAGACCUCGAUAGGGAUUUGAAGAGGAAACAAGAAGAAGAAGAAAAGCAAGGUGUUGCAGACGAGAAUCAGGAUGAUGCACCUGCUUCUGUUGCUGUUCAGGAUGAGGCAGUUCCAGAGGAAAUGGAGGAUGAAGAUGAAGAUGAAGAUGAAGAUGAAGAUGAUGAAAAAGGACCAACAAGUUUUGGUACAGUUAAUCAAAGAAGAUCAGAUAACGAUACAAGUGCAAAGAGGAGCAAGCCCGGGAAAUCCCCUUUUUCUUCGCUCUCCCUGUCUUUACUCCAUUCUGGCCCGCUCUCUAUGGUUCCUAUCAAAUUACAGGAAUCCUUUAUGUCAUGGAGAAAUAAAUGUUCUUCUGGUACUGAACAAUUUAGUUAUGAAUUUCGCGAACAAGCAACGAAUGCUCAGAAAAGAUUUUGCUCGAUAAAGUUCAAUGGCAGAAUUAACCAAAGUGGAAAAGUCAGGGUGAUGCAAAAAAGGAAGUAUAGUGACACCAGGAGACAAAACUGCUCUUCUCUCAAUUCUUUGGCUUCAGUUCUUUUGGCGAACGACCGCAAGAAUCAGAUCGACUGGGCCACCAAAAGCUCUGUUGGAAUCGAAGAACUGAGCAUUCUAUCUUUGCACGUCCCUGUUAUGGAUGCUGUUGCAUGAAAGCAUAGGAGGGAUAUUUUUUGACUUGCAAACUUUGUUGUGACCUCUUCAAGAAAAGUAUUGUCUCGAGGGAACUCCACUUCAAUGUAUGUGUUUUUGAUUAUUUAGCUUUAGCCGAAAUAAGAGAGAUGCAUUAUUAUUGUUGUUGCUGUUGUCUUUUAUGUUGUGGAAGGACUCAUAACUUCUGUUUCUAGUUAAAGUUUGCUGAUACCAUCUCAGUUAUGUUUUAA